AAGAAGGAAGAAAAAGAAACCCAAAAGUAGAAAUCCAACACAAACCCAAACAAACACAAACCCUAUCCGAUUCUCUCCAUCCACAAGGCAACCUCUUAGCUUAGAGUGCUGGAUAUUACAUUAUGAAGGAGGAAGGAGAGUGUUUUGAAGAGCAGAUUCUAAUGCAACAAUUCCAAAUGAUGCAACAAAACGGCGACCUUUUUGGAGGAGGCCUGAUCUUUAAUCCUGAAGUUUCUCCCUUGAUGUUUCCCGGCCAUCAAGUCCACGCCUUCAACCCCUUUUCUAAUCCGACGAUCCUAGACCACCACGACUCCUUUAUCUUGCCGCCGCCACCACCAACUUCCUACGGCAGCUUCUUCAACAGAAGAAAUGCUUCAUCUUUGCACUUCCCUCAUUAUGAUAAUGUGGGUUGUGCCCCAUUUGAGCUGUCCAAGAUGACCGCUCAAGAAAUAAUGGACGCUAAAGCACUUGCUGCCUCUAAAAGCCAUAGUGAAGCUGAGAGAAGAAGAAGAGAGAGAAUCAAUAAUCAUCUUGCUAAGUUACGAAGCUUGCUCCCAAACACCACUAAAACGGACAAGGCAUCAUUGCUAGCGGAAGUAAUCCAACACGUGAAGGAGCUGAAACGACAGACGACGUUGAUAGCGGAUGUAAGUCUACUGCCAACCGAGCUCGAUGAGCUGUCGGUGGACGUCGAUGCAUCGGACGAGGAUGGGAAGUUUGUGAUCAAAGCCUCGUUUUGUUGCGAGGAUAGGUCUGAUCUUUUGCCACAAAUAAUCAAAACCCUAAAAUCCCUCCACCUGAGAACUUUAAAAGCCGAGAUCACGACGCUUGGCGGCCGCGUAAGGAACGUAUUGUUCAUCACGGGCGACGACGACUCCUCCAACGACGAACAAGAUCAGCCUCAGCAACAACACCAAUACAGCAUCAGUUCCAUUCAAGAAGCCCUAAAGAGCGUGAUGGAGAAGGUUUGUAGUGAAGACCACACGUCUUCAGGCAGCAUUAAAAGACAAAGGACCAACAAUCACAACAACAUCAAUAUCAUCCAACACAGGUCUUUUUAGCUACGUUAUUUAUCAUUGUUUAUAUAUUAUGUUAAUUAAUUAAAAACAAUAUUAUCAUCUUUGUUUUGGUGUGGCUUUCGUAUGUACAAUUAUUAUGUGUACUAGAGAGCAGUGAUGAAAGGGAAGCUUUUUCGUGGGAGAGAUAAACCUAAUAUGAGACCAAACAUAGAAAUUUUUGUUUCAAGUUUUGAAGUGAUAUUUGUAUUAUUGGUUACAGAAGGAUCUUAACUCCAAUUUGCAAACUGGUGUUUGGGUUUGUUUUGUAGCCAAGUAGAUAUGGCUGGCACAGAGCUGAUGCUAUAUAUAUAUAUAUUUUAGUUUCCCUUA